AUGUGCCGCAAUCGGGCUACAGCAAAUCCUGUCGGUGCCGGCAUGACUAUGUGGAUUGGUCCUGGGGACGGAGGGAAUACUUGCUCUCUAACUAAAGAACUGACACCCAGUAGCAACAGUAGCAGCAGCGCUACUCCUGCUAUUUGCACUGCUGAUAGGAUUGGAGGUGGUCUUAGCUUAUCUGGGAGCGUUUCCUCUUCAUCCUCCUCUUCAUCUUCAUCCUCAUCCUCUUCUUCGGCAUCUGCUAAUGUCCCGACUUCGACGCCUACUUUGAAUCCUGCUCUACUCUCUGGCCAAUCGUCCACCGGCCUGCCAUUGAGCUCUGUCCACCUGAGCUCACCUCAACAUCCGGUAGUCCACCAACUGGCCCACCUGACACAUAGCCACAUGCCGCCUCCCCCACCCCCUUCUCAGAUUGCCUCCGCAGCUGGGCACCUUUUGUUAGCAGGACAAAAUCCCAUAUCAACUCUAGCCCCAAUGCCGCCACCCCAGAUUCCACAAAUUUCGGUGCCUACUGGCCUCGGAAAUGGGCUUUCUAGCCGUGGUCCUAGUUCACCGACUGGUGGAUCACCAGCCGGGGCUCCAGGACAGCCACAUCUCUUGAUUGGGUCUGGCAUGCAACAGGUAAAUGUGCAUCCAUUAAGUAUUCUACCAUUCAUUUCUCCUUACUGUGACGCAAGUUCGAUAUAA